UUCUAGCAAAGAGAGGCAAGAUUCAAGCAAUGUCUGCCCGUAAAGAUGUUGAGAAGGCUGUCCACAUACGGGAAUUCCAGAGAACAGUCGACCAGCUGCUCACACCUGAAGACAAGGACUACCUGUUCUAUGCUAUGAAGGAGUACAACACUUACAAGAGCGUGGCCAAACUGAUGCUAGCUCUCAAUUCUUGCCUCGAUACACCAGACAAGUUGGACCUUCUGCCAUAUGUCAGAGACCUUAUUCCUAAGCACGACAAAAAACGAUUUGACAAUCUUGCUCCGUAUAAUCGAAUGGCACAUCCUCACAAAGUGGACCGAAAAUCAAAUGACUUGCUGGGCAAACCAGUCAACGGCAGAGUUGCGAGUGGCAAUGGAGGUUUGCAGACGCAAGAGUCUCCAUCUUCAAGGAUUAUCACUCUUCAGCGUAGUCCUGGCUCAUCACUGGGGUUCAGUAUCAGGGGAGGCAGGGAGCACAAUCUCGGGAUAUUUGUAUCACACGUAGAUGCAUUCUCAGUAGCAGAACAAAGUGGGUUGGAAACCGGGGACCAAAUCGUGUGUGUGAACGGGAUCAGCUUCGAUCGGCUCUCUCACAGCUCGGCCGUCUUGGUCCUCAAAUCACAUGACAACUUGAAGAUUGAGGUGAAGCACAUGGGCUGUGUACCAGGUCAGAAGCUGGGAAGAAACUCCUUUAUAUGGGUGGACUCUUCGGGUAACCAGUUGGACGAGCAGCAACAAGAUUUGGAACAGCGAAUACAAAGAACUGAAGAGAGAGAUGGUGAGUCUGGGAACAGAUUGCUUAGCAGUGCAGACAAGCACAAGAUUGUACUGCACACCGACAAGAAGCGGUCUCUUGGGUUCAGUGUGAGGGGAGGGGCAGAGUACAGCCUGGGGAUAUAUGUCUCAAUGGUGGACAAAGGUUCUCCUUCUGAAGAGAGUGGACUGAAAGUUGGUGAUCAAAUAAUGGACAUCAAUGGACACAGCUUUGCGUCCAUCUUCCACCAAGAAGCAGUCUACAUCCUUCGAUCCUACCCCACACUAAUCAUGACCAUCAAGUCGUUAGGUAAACUACCAAAACUCGCAUCAGAUGCUCAAGAAGGUGACCGAAAAGAGAGAUCAAAAUCAUUCACCCUACCGAGGAGAUUUGGUUCCACACUAGAGAAUAACAGCUCCCCAACGUCCAAGAGCAGAGAAGACAACACCACCACACCUGUAACAAGGAGACAAGUUAGACGCUCUCAGAGUGAGAGGAGGUCAAUGCCCCCUGGUGGGGGGACAGAUUCAGUAGAUUACGGAGGCCCCCCGGGGAGACCAAGUUCCUCAGGAGUCAACAGUGCACCAAGUCGGAGGAAGCCAAUGGUGGUGUCUCCAUUAGCUACCCAUGAGUCAAGAGCUGUUCGUUCCUCCUCCUUCACUAGCCCCACCUCUGUCGUACCCAAGUUCUUUGAGAGGGGAGUGGGCACUCAGGUUAUGCUGGCGUCUAUGUCCAGUCAAGCAAAGGAAUUGCUACUCGAUCACGCUCGAAGAAUGAUGCGGGAGGUGGAUGUGGCUAAACUGAGAGAAAGUCUUGAGCAGUACGAACAAGACGAUGACAUAACAGAGUUUGUUGAUGAACUAAUUCCACUCUUGAACACUCCUGAUAAACUGAGGCUGCUCAAUGACGUCAGAUCCGUGCUUAGCCCCGCCCACCUUGUUGUGUUUGACGAGAUGGUGUCCCCUCUGGAGGUGGAGGCAAUGAACAAGUCAUCAGAUACUGAGUCUGGUAGUUCAGAUGAAGAUAUGCUGCUUGAUUACAACGCUGUGAUGGCAUCAACACAAAAGCAGCGAUGGCCGAUGCUUGCCCCACUUCAGUCAGCCAACAAGAAGCCAUCAUUGCCUGACCUUGGAACAUUAGGAGGUCCCAAGCAUGCAGCUGCUCUACAGAAGGGAUCUCAUGUAACAAGCAGUGACCCCAACCUAUCUGGACUAAAGCCUCGUGAGUCGUAUCUGUCCGGUGGUGGUGAGGACCAAACUGACGGAAGAUCACAUGAUCAGAGGGGUAACGACCAAGCAAGAGUCUACCCUCUCAUUAAGCACACACCUAUUGUCGUGGAGAUACCAAAAGAGUCAGCGUUUCUAGGUAUGGCCAUCAAAGGUGGCUCGGACACACCCUACAAGAAUGUGUACGUCCGAGAGUUGAGAGAGGGAGGGGCAGUUCACAAGGAUGGGUUCGUACAGCCUGGUUAUGAAGUGGUGCAAGUUGAUGAGCAGAGAAUCAGAGGGAGGACAUACACUGAGGCAAUGGAGGCCAUAGCUGAGGCUUAUAACAGUGACACCCCUACUAUUAAACUAAUUGUCAUUCCAGGAUCCAUACCACACUAGCGUGUUUGUUUUUUGUACGAAAGUGGCAGCUGCAGUAUAUAUGAAUGGACAAGUAUUUUAUCAAUAAAAUCUUACUACAUAGA